GCCGUUUAGGCAGAGACUAAGCUUCACGGAAGAUCGGAUGAUUUCUACGCCAAUUUACUAUUCAGUCCACGCUCGUGAUUCUCUCCUCACCACCACACGCGCGAGACUAUAUCUGACAAGGCUUCUGAGCAGCCAGUCAAGAAUCAUGAGGCAUCGUCCGACCUGGGACAAUCGGCUCCAGAAUGUGAAUUAUGGUUCGGGCGAAGGGGCAGGUGUUGAUGGAAUCUUGGCAAACACUCUAUCUCUCAUGAAGUAUGUCUUCACUCACGGUAUCAGCAAAUCACCUCGCACACUGUCUCAGUAUUCAGAGCCGCUCUUAACCAUGGGCUCUCACCAGGGACCUUCUUACAUGUCCGAGUUGCGGAUCUGGAAAUCUUCAACUUUGAGGAAAUCUACCGGAUGGAACCCGCGUGCAAGACUGAAACCCCCGGAUUUCAGCAACACAGGAGGCUCAAUAGUCCUGCCUACAGCUAUUGCUGGACUACUAGGCCUGCGUGCUCUUUUCUGUGAGGCUAUCCAAGAGAAGCAAUCAGUCUCAGAGCCGUGGCCAAGGGCCCCCGGCGCCCAGUGCAGGACGGCCUGUCCUGGCGUUGCUCAAAGUGUGGCGGGAUGCACCACGAUGAAUGCGUGAUCUUCCAGCCAGAGUCCGACGCUGAUGGCCCUCCGACCAGAUUUAGCUGCACGAAAUGCAGAAUCUCGGGUAUCUGCGCAGCGGGCACGCCAAUUGCUGUAUUGCAUGGAGUUGACUCUCGGGGAAGAAGGCAGUCUCUACCUUCACCCGACUCAUGAUGGACUUCAG